GAAAAUUUGUUUUUUCCAAAAUGGAGCAGAGAACAUUGCUUGCAUUGAUGGUCUUUUCCUCGCUCAUAGUAUUAGCAGAAACUAUUGAUCAGAAGCCUGCUAUUGAUAUCUACAGCCUCCAUGUGGACUGCAAAGUCACAUCAAGAUUUGCUCACACUGUCAUCACCAGCAGAAUUGUCAACCGAGCCAAUGAGUCCCGAGAGGCCACCUUUGAAGUGGAGCUACCUAAGACAGCCUUCAUCACCAACUUCUCCAUGUCCAUCGAUGGUAAAAUAUACCCAGGAAUAAUAAAGGAGAAAGCUGCUGCUCAGAAUGAGUACAACACAGCAGUGUCACAAGGACAGAGCGCUGGCCUCGUCAAAAUUACAGACAGAAAGCUGGAGCAGUUCCACGUGUCUGUCAGCAUCGCGGCUGCCAGCAAAGUCACUUUCGAGCUGACCUACGAGGAGCUGCUGAAGCGGCAGCUGGGCAAGUACGAGCUGCUCAUCAAGGUGCGACCCAAGCAGCUCGUUAAACACUUCCAGAUCGACGUGCACAUCUUCGAGCCCCAGGGCAUUCACUUCUUGGAGACUGACAGCACAUUCAUGACCAACGAGUUAAGCGAGGCGCUCACCAAAGACGUGAACGAAACCAAGGCUCAUAUUUCAUUUAAGCCAGCUCUAGAUCAACAGAAGAAAAAUUCUGAACUUGAUGAAACGCUUCUCAAUGGUGAUUUUGUUGUGCGUUAUGAUGUAAAGAGAGAAGCCACUGCAGGGGAUAUACAGAUUGUCAAUGGAUAUUUUGUCCAUUACUUUGCACCCCAAGAAAUGCAGGUGUUUCCCAAAAAUGUCAUCUUUGUUAUAGACCGAAGUGGCUCCAUGAGAGGCAGAAAAAUUGAACAGACAAGGGAUGCCCUGUUGAAGAUUUUGCAGGACCUCCGCCCAGAAGAUCAUUUCAGCUUUAUCACCUUCAACAACAAAGUGUCAGAGUGGAAGAGCUCUUUGCUGCCAGCCACUGAGGAGAACGUGGCCAGUGCUGCAGCUUUCGUGCAGACUCUGGCUGCCAGGGGAGGCACAGACAUCGAUGGUGCCCUGCUCGCUGCCGUGGGCGUGCUGGGGAAAGCCGAGGGGCUGCUCGAGCACACCAUCUCCAUGAUUAUUUUGCUGACAGACGGCGAGCCCACGUCUGGUGAGAGAAAUGUGGAAGUAAUUCAAGAAAACGUUCAGAAAGCAAUCAAUGGGAAAUAUGCUCUUUUCUGCCUUGGCUUUGGGUUUGAUGUCAGUUACAAAUUCUUGGAGAAAAUGGCCCUGAGCAAUGGGGGAAUAGCACGGCGUAUCUAUGAAAAUGCUGAUGCAGCCCUGCAGCUCCAGGGCUUUUAUCAAGAAGUGGCUACCCCAAUAUUAAUGCAAAUUGAAAUGCAGUAUCCAGAAAAUUCCAUUGAAGGAUUAACCAAGAACAAUUUCAAGCUGUUUUUUGAGGGAUCUGAAAUUAUAGUGUCUGGAAAAAUUAGUGAUGAGCUGGAUCUUUUGCCAGUGGAAAUUAAAGCUCAGUCACACACGAGUAACUUGACUCUUAAGGAAGAAGCAAAUGUCAAAGAGAAGGAGCAAGUGUUCCAAAAUCAAAGAUACAUCUUUGGGAAUUUCAUAGAGAGACUGUGGGCUUACCUGAGCAUUCAGCAGCUUCUGGAAAAAGCUAUUUCAGCCCAAGAUGAGGACCAGAAGGCCCUGGAGGCCCAAGCCUUGGAUCUGUCCCUGCAGUACAGCUUUGUCACACCCCUCACUUCCAUGGUGGUCACCAAACCCCAGCAGAAGGAGGAGCUGGCAAACAAACCCACCGAGGCUGAUAAUGAGGAGUCUGAGAGUCUUCAAGUACGAGGUUCUCGUAGAGUGGACAGUGGGUCAUCUCCUGGUCGAAGGCGCUCUGACCUCCAAGCUGGCAGCAGCAGGAUGAUGUUUUCCAGCUACAGAGUUCCCAGGUUAAGAGGUGCCAUAGAAACACAACCUGUUGCCUAUGAAUAUCCACAACUUCUCUUGCAAUUACCCAGACAAAAUGAAAGAAUCUGCUUAAAUAUUGAUAAAAGAUCACAAACCUCUGUCCACCUGGUGUCAGAUCCAGGGCAAGGACUCACUGUGACGGGGCAGCUUGGAGAUGGAAUAAAUCACUUUGUGCAGUUUGAUAUUAACUAUGAGAAUCCCCCUGUGCAAAUCCAUGUCUACACUCAUGCAAUCCUUGUAAGCCACAACAAUAAGAACGAUUGGCUGUCAUGGACAAAGUCAGCCUCCACCACCAUCCAGGGGCUAAGAGUGUCAGUUGAAAAGGAAGGGAGUCUUACAGCAUCACUGCCUGGUACAGUCACAGUAAAAAUUUCCUUGGUCAAGUUUCUAGAUGAUUUCCUUGGGCUCUACUUCUUGAACACUGACCACUUUUCAGACCAGGUCACUGGAGUUCUUGGUCAAUUUUAUUCAAAAGCACAAUUUGAGAGUAACUCCAACAAUGAUCAGAGAGCUGUGGAAAGACUCCUGAGAGUGUCUGGAUCUGAGCACAAGGUUUCCAGGUUGUACAAGAAAGAUUACAGGCUGGAGUCAGCCAGUGAACCUGUUUCCUGCUGGUCAAUAGAUCUAACUCCCUAGAAAAAAAAUAUUCUGUGAAGAAAAUUAUGCAAAUGAAGCUCUUCCAAGUAUUUUUGAUACUUUCAUCAAGAAAACCACACAGUUAAAGCCUUACUGUCGCUCUAUAUAUGUGUCACAAAUAUUUUACCUUGAAAUAGUUAUACUCUCAAGAUAUGACGGUGCUUGCUUGUUUGAUAUUUGAAAAUUAUUUCUAAUCUGAAAUGUGGUUUUGUUGUUGAAAAUUUAUGUGAAUGAACGAAAUAAAAUUGAUACUAUCAGCUCACAGUUUGAUAUGGACACGUGGACUUAGGUUUCUAAAUAAAAAUCAGUA